AUGGCGGACAACGGGGAUGCAAAAGACUCCCUGCAUAUGAUCAACGAGGGCGACAACGUUGUGUUGAAACGUGGAGAUGUCUACAAAGCUGUACAAAUAGAGUCGAGAAAGAAAAUCGUGUUUGAGAAGCAGUGGUUUUUCUUGGACAACGCCAUUGGGCACCAUUACAGCACUGCAUUUGAAAUUUCACCUGGAGGACAGUUGCAGCUUGCGAAACCAAAAGUCGUGCAAAGUGCUGGUUCUGACGCAAAAGAAGCUGGCACAGACAACCGUAACAUCGUGGACGACGGCAAGUCACAGAAAUUGACCCGGGACGACAUUGAGACACUGAAAGAGCAAGGUCUGAAGGGUCAGGAAAUCAUCCAACAGCUUAUAGACAACAGCUCCACCUUCAGGGAUAAGACGGAAUACGCCCAGGACAAGUACAUAAAGAAGAAAAAGAAGAAAUAUGAGAACACAGUGACUAUUCUAAAACCGACCUGCCGCAUCCUGGCGCUCAUGUAUCAUGGACGAGAGCCAGGCAAGAUCUGUCACUUGCGAUAUGAUACGCUGGCCCAGAUGCUGACUCUGGCCAACAUCCAUGCCGGAAGCAAAGUGUUGGUGUUUGAGAUGUGCGCUGGCCUAGUGCUGGGGGCCGUCAUGGAAAGAAUGGGAGGCUACGGAUCAGUGAUCCAAAUGUAUCCAGGGGGUGCUCCGCUCCGGGCGGGAGUGGAGAACUUCGGCUUCCCCGCUCAUUUCCACGACACACUGCAUAACUUUCCCAUCUGUCAUGUCAACGCUUUGCUGGCAGGAACGCUGGACACCAGCACCAAAGAACCCAGUGCUGGUAAGGGUUCACACAGAAAACCUCACGCAACGCAGAUCAAAACCGAGCAACAUAACACUUCAGAGGAUGGCGACAACAUGGAGACGAAUGCUAGUGGAGAACAACGUACUGACAGCGAACGCGAGCGAGACAGAGAGGCCAAGGCUGAGAUCAAGAGGAUGAAGCAGGAGGAGAGGCGCAAGAAACUAGAGGCGGCGGCAGCCCUGUUAGAAGGCAGGAACGCAGACGGAUUGGUCAUCGCCUCCCGCUUCCACCCGUGUCCCGUCCUGAUGUGCCUUCUCAAGUUUUUGUCUCCCUCCAGACCAUUUGUGGUCUACUCACAGUAUAAAGAAUCGCUGGUCGAGUGCUUCACCAAACUAAAGGAGCAAGGUGUCGCCGUCAAUCUCCGUCUGUCCGACACCUGGUUGCGGCAUUAUCAGGUGCUGCCUAACAGGACGCAUCCUAUGCUUCUGAUGAGCGGCGGUGGCGGUUACAUCCUAUCGGGCAUCACUGUGGCAACGGAGCAGACAGACCAGACUAAACCGGAGGAGCCGGCGGCAAAAAAACAAAAACUGACAGAAAGCUGA